GAGCCGGCGAGCAAAGCAAAAGCUAAGGCAAAGGCUAAGGCUAGCCAGAAGGCCAGCCAAGAAGAGGCGUCCACCUUGCCCACUAGUCUGGAUGACAUCACGCCUGCAGAUGGUGACAUCUUCUACGAAGACGGUGAGUGGAGUGUGGAGUACGCAAAGUCUGGCCGCUCAACGUGCAGAAUCUCCCAGGAAAAGAUUCCAGCCGGGGUUCUCAGGUUUGGCAAAACGGUAAAGUCCGACUCAUUCGAUGGCAACAUGACCAUAUGGUACCAUGCCGCUGCCCUAUUGUCGGGGAACAUCCUGCCAAGCUCGGUGAACAUAGUCUCGGGGUUUUCGAGUCUGAAGCCCGCUGACCAGAAGGCCAUCACGAAGAUCAUCCCCAAAGGGGAGGGCGCCGGAGCCAGUGAUUCAAAGGCCACGCAGGGCAAAAAACUGCACGAGGUCUUGGACGUGUUGAAUCAGAUGCAGCCGAAGCAGCUCGCCGAGAUGGCAGCUUUGAACAGCUACCCUGAGAAGAAGCUGCAUGUUUCUAGCACCUUGGCGCAGCUGUGCGCAGAUGGCAUCUUAUUUGGUGCGACGCAGCCUUGCGAGGUCUGCAAGGAUCACGGAAGGGCCGGUACCAUCCUCCUGGAUGGAGAGGUGUACAAAUGCACCGGAUGGAUGACAGACCACCUGAAAUGUGAUUUCCAGACCCAAAAGCCGGAGCGCGACGUGUGGCAGCUAACCCCGGCGGCCAAACAGGCAGCUGACGGCAAGCUGGGCAAGCUGCAGCUGAAGGUGGGGACUCGACUCUUCGCCACGAAGAUGUCCGCGGAUGGCACAAUGCCCUCCCAGUCAAGCUCCAGCUCGCAAGCAAGGCCGCCCCUGCUGAACUUGAGCGUCUACGUGUCCAAGGACUUCUCAGCUGACGAGAGGAAGGAGAUUGAAGGGCUGGUGAAGUCCCACAUGGGCAAGAUCUGCACGACCAUUACGAAGGCAACGUGCUUCGUCGUGUCCUCCCCUGAGCUUAUUCAAUCGGACACCGAGGAAAAGGAGGCAGCCAAGAGUGACGGUGUCCCUGGGGUCGAGAAGAGCUUCCUUGACAACCUGAAGGCCGGCACCACCACCGACAUGACUGCGCAUCUACUCUGGGGUGAAGCACCCCGCAUGUUCAGAGCCAUCGCAGAAACGGGCACGGCCAAGACUGUUGAAAAGGAAGGCGUUGCAAUGGACACAGACAUUGGAGAGCUGAUCGAUCGAACUCAUGUGCUGAUCGACAGGCCGAAGAACCGCGUGUACAGCGAGACCUUGAGCCUCACGGACAUGACCUCGGGCUCCAAUUCCUUCUACAAGCUUUAUGUGCUGGAGUCUGACAAGGACUCGGGCGGCAGCUGCUACUGGGUGUGGAGGAAGUGGGGUCGCAUAGGUGUCAGCCAGGGUGGCACGAAGCUUGAGGAGUUCCAUUCUGACCAAGCAGCAGCCAUCCGGCAGUUCAGCAAGCUCUAUCUCGAAAAAACUGGAAACACCUACGGCCACAAGCCGUCGGAGUUUGUGCAGAAGCCCGGAAAGUUUAGCCGCGUCGAUGUGGCACACAAGGCCUUGCAGAAGAAGAAGGCGAAGACCGACGAAGAGGAGCCCGAGCCGUCACAAGACGAAGUUCAGGACGGCCAGCCUUUGGGUCAGCUGUCCAAGGCAGCCGUCGAGAAGGGAAACGCUGUCCUUGACAAGAUCGAGUCCAUUCUAUCCGAGGUUGCGGAAGGAGCCCCACUGAGCCCGGUCCAGAGGGGGAAGGUCAAGGCUGAAUCCGCCGAGUUCUAUGCCCUCAUUCCGCACAACUUCGGCAUCAAGGCACCUCCGCCAAUCGACACACAGGACCUCCUGGGAGCUGAACGUGCCCUCCUCCAGUUCUACUUGCGCAUGGGUUUCGAGGAGAUCGGCGGAGGAGAAGACGAGGAGAAACUCACACCGAUCUCCGGAGUCAUGCAACUUGAGCUGCCGGGCACGCUGCAAGAGGGCUGCAAGGGCAUUUGUGCCAAGAAGGAUGUGGAUAGCUGCACCAAGAAGGGCAAGGCUCUGGAGAAGAAGAAAGCUGGCAAGCCACUGAAGCCAAUGGACGCUGAACUGUAUGGAGCCAUUCUGAUGUACACCGGCAAUGCCAUUUACCAGGCUCUAAACAAGGCCCUGCGCGACGAAGAUCGAGACAAGGUCGGCUCCUACUUCCCGUACCUGCGCAUGCUUUUCGAGGCCUGUGGCAGGCUCCCAAUUCGGAAAGUUACUCUCUGGCGCGGAGUUGGAGUCGACCUCUUUGAUCAGUACAAGGUUGGCAGCACCAUCACAUGGUGGGGUGUUUCAAGCUGUACCUCGGACGAGAAGGUCGCAAAGAACUUUGCCAGCGGCUGCGCAGGACCGUCAACGCUCCUAACAGUUGAGACGCAGACGGCUUGUGAAAUUUCCGAGUUGAGCUUCUACUCCAACGAAGCAGAGAGCAUCUUGCUUCCCGGCACCCAGCUCAAGGUCCUCGAUUCCUACAAGAAGGGGAAGACCGCUUUCAUCCGCCUCCAGGAGGUUGGUCGGCAGGUCGGAGAGCUCUCAGACCUCAGCGCGGUCGCUGAAACGACCCCGCGCUUUGUUUUAUUGUCCCAGUGCUUCGCUGAUGCCUGGAUGUGCGACCUGGCAGUGAUUGCCGGGCCGUAUUUCGUUUAUGUAGGAGAGCAUUUAUGUGCCAUUGCUGAUACAUGUCUAGACGGGCAUUGCUUACAUCACCUGAGCUUUGUGAAUGGAAGCCCCAUGGCACCCUCGCAGGAGGACUUCGAUUCUCUGAAGGAUGAGAAGGAGAAGCUGGAGGCCGCGCUGAAGCAGGAGCAGGACAAGCGCCUCGCAGAGCAGCAGAGGCUCAAGGAGAGGACGCGGGAGACGUUCCAAAAGCUGAAAGAUGAUUGCAACGCGAAGGUGCUCGCGCUCAACCAAGAGCUCGAGAAAGCGAAGGCCGACUCCCAGGGCUCGCCAGAUGUGAGCGCCCUUCAGACAGUGGCUCAGCUGCAGAAGGCCUUCAGCCUUCUUGCGCUACGCAUGGAAAAGUUUGGGAUCCGCUUCCGCACUGCGCUGCUCUCCGUGUCUUCGCUUUUGCUGGCCGGCCCCUACGACACCGAACGUGGAGUUCUUCUUCGUCUGCUGGAAGCCCAGCCUGGGCGAGGGGGGCCGAACUUUGUGUUUGGGAUCUGCCAGCUGGUUUCACGUGCAAGGAGCCUGCGACUUUGCAGGCUGAAUUCAGCGUUUGCCGAGAUGGCUGAGAAGGAAGAGAACAGUGAUGCCUGGAGCCGUUGUCCCGUAUGGGACGGCUCCCCUUUGACCUGGAGCGCCUUUAGGCGCGAGAUGGCCUGGUGGUCUCUUCCUUGGACCUGGAGGGCACCAAGAAGUACAACCUGGCGGCCAGAUUCCUCCUCCGUCAGACGGGCACCGUCCGUCAGAGGGGAGAGGAAUUUCUUCCUGAAGAACUUGAAUAUCAAAAAGAAAUGCGAGCUCGCGAUCCGGAGUCAGGAGAAGAGUUUGCCCUGA